AUGUGGAAUCGCGAGGUAGGUUCAUCAAUGUCAGUUGAUAACGUUGUAAAGGUUGCAAAUAUAUCACCUCGUGUAACAGAACCAAUAUUAAAAAAAUUAUUUGAAUUCUUGGGUGAAGUAAGAAGCAUAAAUCUGUACAAUAGUCCUCACGGCGAUGGUGUGCAAGAAUGCAUGAUAGAGUUUAGAGACACAGAUUCGGCCAUAACGGCCUUACAUUUAACUGGUGUGGAAAUUGGUGGUCGAUCAUUAAUGGUUUCGUCAACUGCUCUUAGCGUAAAUGUGAAUUCAUAUCAACAACCUCCGACUUUACCCCAACUGCUCCCACAAAAUAUAUCUCCACCUAGACAGCUUUCGACGAAACAGCCACAAUCAAUUCCUCCUAGACCCUUGGUACAACCUUUAGCUCUGUCGUUUUCGGCAACUUCUUUGGCCGCUAUAAGAGCAAAUCCUUCCAUUUCCCCAACUGUUGCACAAUUUGAUCCAGCUAAAGCAGAAGAAAUUUCGAGAACCGUGUAUAUCGGAAACAUUAACUCUUCGAUAUCGGAACCAGAGUUAACGCAAUUCUUUUCGGCAUGCGGUCCGGUUGCUUACGUGAAGAUGGCAGGGGAUCCCGCUCAACCAACAAGAUUUGCAUUCCUGGAGUUUGCAACUUUCGAAGGGGCUCAAGCCGCUAUGCAAAUGAAUGGCGUUAUGUUGGGUGAUCGACCACUAAAAGUAAAUCAUUCAAAGAACGCGAUUAAUAAGACACCUAAAAAAACUGAUUCCACUGAUGUUCAAGCUACUAUGCGUCGAGUAAGAGAAGCACAAUUAAGAAUUGCAAAUCGAUUGAACACCGAUGGGCCGACAGCAGAUAAUUCCCCGACAUCUAUGAAUGAUGUUGAAAUGAUGGAUGCUAAUAACUCGCCGGCUGCCGAUGCAACCGUUCCUCGUAGUCGUUCAAAAUCUGUUAGGCGCAGUAGAACUAGAUCUAGAACAAGGAGCCGAAGCAGGCCUAGAAGACGUAGGUCAAGGUCUAGAGAAAGGGAUUAUCAUUAUCGCAGACGAUCCCGUUCAAGAGAUCGUGAUAGAGGCGACCGAUACAGAGAAAGAGAUCGCGACAGAGAUAGAGAAAGAGAACGCGAUCGUGAACGAGACAACAGAGAACGUGAUAGGGACCGAGAUCGUGAACGGGAUAGAGAUAGAACGGAUCGUGAUAAAGAACGUGAUCGUGAUAAAGAAAGGGAUAGAGAACGAGAUAGGGACAGAAUUCAGGAUCGUGAGAAAGAACGAGAUAAAGAAAAGGAUCGAGAUAAAGAAAAAGAUAGAGAAAAGGAUAGAGAAAAGGAUCGUGAUAAAGAAAAGGAUAGAGAAAAGGAUCGUGAUAAAGACAAAGAUAGAGAAAAGGAUCGUGAUAAAGAAAAAGAUCGUGAAAGGGAUCGUGAUAAAGAAAAAGAUAGAGAAAAAGAUCGUGUUAAGGAGAAAGAUAGGGAGAGAGAUCGUGAUAAGGAGAAAGAUAGGGAGAGAGAUAAAGAUAAAACGAAAGAUAACGAAAGGGAUAAAGAUAAAGGAGAGGGACCGGGAGAAGGAGAGAGAGAGGGACAGGGAUAG